CCGCCAUGCCAGGCCUCACUAGGGCUCAGGUCAGGCGUCAUCGAUGACGGCUUGCUCUACGACAUCUCUGUGUCCACUGGGAGACCACAGGACGUGCGUCUGGACGCUCCAAAAGCCUGGCAGCCGCUAAUCUCGUCUCCGGACAACUUGAUCCAGGUCAAUAUGUCCAGGCCAGUUCUCCUGACCGGCCUUCAGGUCCAGGGGAAUGUCGGGACGGACGGUUGGGUCAGUGGAUGGACACUGCAGACGUCACUCAACUGUGAGCUGUUCCACUCCCAGACGUCACAAUCAGACCACUGCCAGCCCCACUUGAGUCCAACGUCCGAGUUGUGGCUGUCGGGCGGUGGUCGAGAGCUCACGUACCCGCACCAGUUGCUGCUGUCCUGGGUUCGAGUCUCCGUCAAGCACAAGGCAGAGUCUGGCACCGUGGGGGAGGUCACUCUGUACCACAGCCGAGACUGUGUCAGCUGGGAGUACUAUGAGCCCUUGGACAUUAAUGUCGUGAGUAUUAAUUGA